AUGGCUGUAGACUGGAUUGGUUUUGGCUAUGCUGCCCUUCUGGCUUUUGGUGGUUACCUUGGAUAUGCCCGUAAAGGGAGUAUUGUGUCCUUGAUUACAGGACUAACCUUUGGCAUAAUAGCUGGUUAUGGAGCAUAUUGUGUUUCACUCAAUGCCAGAGAUGUCAAGAUAUCACUGUUUGCAGCAAUUAUUUUGGCUACGGUAAUGAGUGCAAGGUUCUACCGAUCUAGGAAAAUAAUGCCGGCUGGAGUCAUUGCCGCAAUCAGCAUCUUUAUCAUCAUGAGACUAGGACUUGGCCUUUUCUAGGAUACUGCAUCGGCUGGGAAGCUUGCCAAUGAUCAGUUGUCCCUCUGGACCUCCUGCUUAUGCAAUAUAAUUUAACAUUGAAUCUGCACUGAUAUUUGUUCUGAAUAGAUUGCAUACUAAUUCCUGUUAAUUAUUUUAUGUAUUAAAUCCAUGUAAAGAUUA